UUCUUCAAUUCCAACGUCAGUGACUAGGAAGUGACGUUCCUACAGCGUAGUGUCCACGUAGCGCCUCAACUUCUGACAAGUACAGUCUUUUAUACGUAUACCGUACACGCGGUAUACGUCAAAUAACACUUCGUGAAUCGUCCUCCAAUACUACACAACUUGCACGAACAUAAUGGAUCAAGUGAAGAAACUCACCGAACCUGGACGUCAAUUCGCGAAAGACAGUAUUCGUCUUAUUAAACGGUGCACGAAGCCUGAUAGAAAAGAAUUUCAGAAAAUUGCCAUUGCCACUGCCAUUGGUUUUUGUAUAAUGGGAUUUAUAGGAUUUUUUGUUAAAUUAAUCCAUAUUCCAAUUAAUAACAUCAUUGUGGGUUCAUAAGCUCACACUAAAUAGGUACAAUUACUGUUUUCUCCCAUUAUGUAUCUUUAUUUAUAAGGUAAAAUUAUAUAUUUUGUUUUGAAUUGAUUGUGAUUGAGACAUGAGAAUGUGUGUGUAUAAUAUUAAUAUUGAAUUUUAUAAUAAAAUGUGUGUGUAAUA